AUGGGAAACAUAACCAAGAGAGGCAGCAGGGAGCUGGCGGCUGCCCGGGCCCAGGCCCCGGAAGAGGGCCCGUCGGCAGCUCUUCCCACGCGGCUCUACGAGGCCAUCAUGAGAGAGGACCGCGCCGCGCUCCAGGCUCUCCUGAGAAGCCACCCCGUCAACCAGCCCAUGACCCUUUUGGCCGACUCCGCCAGCUACAGAUUGCUUCCGGACCAGCAGACGCAGUCCGUCAUCCCCAUCCACCUGGCUGCCGAACACCGCAAGGCACAGAGUUUGCUUUGUCUGUUAGAACACGGCGCAGACCCAGAAGCAAGGGACACUCGAGGCCUGACCACACUGCACCUGCUGCUGCUGCACUGGCCCAUCACGUCCGCCACGUGGACAAAGCCGGGGAACAGAAUCCAAAGGAUCCUGACCGAUGUCCAGAAUAACGCUGUCCUGUGCCUCCGCAUCUUGUGCGCACACGGGGCUCAGGUGAACGCGCGCGUGGACAACAGCAACAGGCACUCCCCGCUCCACCUGGCCAUCACGUGCGGGACCCACCCGGCUCUCUCCAUCCUGGCCCAAAACGGCGCCCAGGUCAACGCUACCAACGAGGCCAGCAUGACACCCCUGCACAUGGCUGCGGACAUCCUGAACGAGGAGACGAUGGAGACGCUGAUCGCCUGCGGGGCGAACGUCAACUGCGCCGUCUCCUCCACGGGGAACACGGCCCUGAAGCUGGCGGUGUGCACCGCGUCGAGCAAGGCCGGCCGGCUGCUGGCCGCGGGCGUGAGCUGCAUCCGGCUGCUGCUCGUGCACGGAGCCAAGGUGAACGCCCAGGACCACGAGGGCCGAACCGCGAUCCACGAGGCAUGUUUUGGAGGCAGAGAGGCAAUAAUCAAUCUCUUGCUGGAAUUCGAAGCCAGUGUUAACAUACUAACGAGAAAUGGGGAGUCUCCGAUAUACAAGUACCUUCAGCGCAGCUCCAACAUCAGAGACACGGCACUUCUCGCCACGUUACUGUACCGCUCCUACCCUCUGCGACUGACCAACCGCCAAAGAGUUCUACCUGCAGGCAUCAUGCUCCCAGAAUUCCAGCUCUUAAGGGAAACCCUAAUAAAGUUAUCUCAAAAACCCUUAUCCCUAGAGGACAUCUGCAAGAGAAACAUCAGAAACCUCUACGGGGAGAAAAACAAACAGCGCUUGAAGCAGCUUCUCCCAGUGAAGAUCUGGAAUUCUGUAUAUGGUUAUUAUGACUUAGCGCACCUCUUGAAAUAAGACCACAAACGUUCACGCGGCCACGGAAUUUCAGUAACUCAAGUCGCAUUU